AUGAUGGCUGGCCCUCCACCCUCCGAGAAAGAUACGACAUCAGACCACAGCGCCUCUGGUUUCACCGCUGUCAAUGGCAGAGAGCCUCUGCCCAACGGCACUAACGGUAGAGCUGAGACCGUUGGUAAAGCUCGCAAUGAACCCCUAGACCGCCGAGAACAGCAGGCCACGAGCCACACAACCGGUAGGCAACACUCUCCACGACCCAGCCAAGAUAGUUCCCGCAAGGAGAUGCCGAACGGAAACCAGCCAUACUCGUCGCCUCAUGAGAUGGACACCCCUGCAACGAGUCCGGGAAAGCGAAAACGGUCUUUGACCGACGAUGGACGUGACUCGUCAGGAAGUUCUCACUACGAUCUGAGUCCACCAAGGAGAGUGAGUGGAUCACCCGCCGGCGUCGUGGAUCCCAGGAUCCAAAGGGCUCCCGAACCAGAACGCAGCCAUGCGUCCUACGUCAAUGGUUCGAACGGCAUCGAGCCUCACAACGCACGAGACCACAACAUCGCCUGGCCCACUGAUAGGCAGGCACCGCCUAGCUACCAAACCAAUGGUCAUCAUGUGGACAGCUCUGAUGCUCAGCUUGCAGAGGCCCUUCAGCGCGAAACGCAGGCGCAGAAUUCGCACAGGACGUGGGGUAUUGGUGGCCGACCAGACGAUGAGCACACCGAUCAGUAUGGGGCAUAUGCUACUGAUAGAGCAUCGCAGGGUGCUGUCCAGGCGACCUCCAAGAGAAAGCGCGUGUUCAGCAACAGGACCAAGACUGGGUGCAUGACAUGCCGGAAGAGGAAGAAGAAGUGCGAUGAGGGACACCCAUACUGCCACAAUUGCAUGCGUGGUGGUUUCACUUGCGAGGGCUACAACACACGCACCACAUGGCAGAAGCAGUCAAAUGCCAAGGGACCGGUGCCGCUACAAUCCAAAGAUGGCUACGAAGGCUCGGAUCACACAUACUCUGCCAACAGCCAUUCUCCCCGCGCGAAACGAGAAUCGGCUCCGUACGAGGGCGGCCAUCAGAUGCGGCCAAUCGUCGUGGAAGAGGGUGAUCAACAAACGCAAUAUGUGACCAGUCCCACGUCAGCUGGGCCUAGGAAUCGAAGCUCCUAUUCCCAGCCUUGGGUACGCGGCACAUCAUACCUGCCUGAGCAGGCACGCCAAGAUCUGCCGCCAUUCUCCGAGAUCGCUCGCGAGCCUGGGAAGCCAGCAUACAGCGUUCCGCCACUGCGAGAUUACCCACGUGCGCACGGCACAUCCCAACAACCAUCCGCCACAUGGCCUGCUCAUCCUGCUGACUAUCGUCAAGGCUACCCAUCUGGUCAAGUCGACCCUCGCAGCCUGCAAGGUGUAGCGCGAGAAGGUCUCAGCAUGGAAGAAACCCAAAAGACAAUGAUGAAAGGCGACGAGCUUCAAAAGGAGAAAAUGCUGAAUGGUCAGCUGUUCAAAUACAACGAUCCUCUCCUCGUCGAGGAUCGCAAACGGUGCAAGAUUGCUCUCAAGCAAUUCCACGACGCCGACAACCCCACCAUGGGCGUUGCAGAAACGGAACGGGCUCGUAAACUUCGCGAAGUCUUCGCGCCUACCCGCAACCCAUUGACCAAUAUGCCAUACGCCUUCAAGUGGGACCCCAUGGGUGCCAUCGGCCCCGGCAGCGUCGUCGAGACACCGUUCAGAUGCCAGUACGGAUACAACAUCCGCAUCGGCGAAGACGUCUACAUUGGAGAGAACUGCACCAUCAUCGAUUCAUGCACCGUCUCAAUCGGUGCCAAGACGUGGAUUGGGCAGAAUGUGCAGAUCUUGACCUCGAUGGCUCACACCAGCAUGAACAUGCGUGCUGGCAGUGGAGCCAACUGGCAAGGGAAAGCGGUGACUAUAGCCGAGGAUGUGCACAUCGGGGCUGGUGCAAUCAUCUAUCCAGGAGUCACCAUCCACCGAGGUGCCCAGGUAGAGCCGGGUGCGGUGGUGAAGAAGGAUGUCGAAAUGUAUGCUCAAGGGGCCACCCUGGACUUCAUGUUGUAA